CGGUGCCUGCAGGUGGCGGCGGUGCCGCGCUCUGCCGCGCUCCGCCUCCGGUCCCCGCCGGGCCUGCGCCCUCCGCCGCCGCCGCGCAGGGCCCGGGGCCGGGCGAUGACCGACGAGGCGGUGCGGGCGCUGCUGCAGCGCUUCUACGCCCUGCAGGGCGAGCGGGUGGAGGCGUACCGGCUCUUCGAGGAAGGCCACCGGGCGUACCUGAGCAGCGCGCCCCACUACGACUUCCCGCGCUACCGGCAGCUGGUGCACGAGCUGACGCUGGCCUUCAGCGGCAUCUCCCGCGAGGUCCUGCAGCUCCAGGGGCGGCUGCGGGACCAGCACGGCCGCCCCGAGCUGGCCCAGCACCUCGCCCGCGUCCAGGAGCGGGAGCAGGAGAAGCUGCAGCUGACGGCGCAGCUCCAGCUGGCGCGGCAGCAGGCGCAGGACGAGCCCGGCGUGGACGCCCACCAGCAGGAGGUGCGGGAGCUCAAGCACAAGCUAAUUAAAACCAUUGAGGCAAUCAGCGAAAUUCUCCAGGACCUCAAGUACGAUUCGGAAGAAGCCGAGUGAUGGGCGGCCCCGUGGGAACGGCUGCAGGGGCCGGGCAGCAGAGCUCUGCCCGCGCCAGGGGGGCCCCGCUCGGCCCCUGCUCCCCCCACCCGGCCAGCCCCGCUCCCGCUGCGCCCCACAGCAGCCCCGCGAGGGGGGCACCUUCGCUCCGGGCCCUUUUUGUGGGUGCAGAGCCCCUCCUGGGGGUCCCCCCAGAUCCUGAGCAUCGCUGCGGGGACGGGUGCUGGUGUUGCUCCCGCUCUCUGCUGGCUGCAGCGGGGCUGUGAACCGAGGAAAACCACAACCCACGGCCCUAAGGGGAUCUACCACCCCCAGGACACCUCGCUCCGAGCCCCACGGUGCUGGGGGUCCCCGUGGGGACGGGUGCUGCCUUUGCUGCAACCUGGAAGCCCACACUUCUGGGAUGGGAGCUGCCCCCCCAGAGCUUCUCCGUGCUCCAUGGCUGCUCCAAGCCGGCUCCGGGCACGGGGACAGCACCCUGCGAGCACCCCUUUUUUUAUGGUCACCCCACAAUAAAAACAACUCUUUGGAA